AUGUUCCUAACCCCAGUUGGCACGUCCUGCACUGGAACGCUUCGACGUCCGAUAAUUGGGAGGCAGCGUUUACAAACCGCCAAGCUCGGGCGUCUGGUGGCUCGCACCGCGGUCCCCGACUCCCUUGAAGUUGCGGUAGCGCAGGCGCAGGAGGCUACUCGGCGUGCCCUGGCAAACUCCUUGCGUCAGCUGCGACUCGAACUCGAUACGUCUCUCGGGGACGAGACCUACUCUCGAUUGAAGCAAACGUUGCCGUUCUUGCGGCUGCUUUGUUUGGCCCUGCUUCAAAGUGACGAGUCGUUGAGGUCGAGUCUACGAGUCCUUCUUCCAGACGAGGGUGCGGCGGCAGCUCUGCGUAACGACUGGAAGUCCGAAGAUCAACUAUCUUCAGUUCCGGUAUUUUCAAUAGAGAGUAGAGUGCGGCGACGUGAGCUGGUCGCCGAAGCACGUGAACAUACCGUGACCUGUCUGGCGGUGACGCCGCGCGCUACCGAAGUCGACGCGCUCCAGGAACUGGCUCGUGCUGCGAACGAGCACGAUUCACUGCGUUUGAUUGUACUCAAUCCAGAGUUGAUCGAUAUGGGUGCAACUGGGCUGGGACUCGCAGCGCGUCGCCUGCGCGAUCGCCUCCUGAACGGUCUCGAGCCUGUCUAUUAUCUGCGCACAGCGCCGUGGGGUCUCGUGCUACGUGUUUAUCCCGACGCGUGGAGCGUCUGGAUUGAUCGUGAGCGGUACCUGGCCGUGAAAGGAGAGCAUGAAGCAGAAAAUGCUGCCAAUGACGACGACGCCUUCGUUUGCAUUGCAGACGACUGGCAGGAGCAGCCCACUGGUGAUGCGCUCGCAGACCUGGUGGAGUCAUUCAUGAAUCCAGAGCAGGCGUUAAGUGGUCCGUUGGCAGGGCUUAUGCAGUCGUGGCGGAGUCUACAACGUUUUCUUCGGGCGCUUCGCCAAACUUAG